AUGGAGCAUGUAGAUGUAAUAUUAAAUUGUGUUAUUUAUGAAUUCGUUAAAAAUUUUUCCACCUAUAAAGAACAUAUAGAUUAUGCAUUUGGUUCUAUAGAAGAAAAACAACUAUGUCCUAGCAAUAGUCUAUAUAGUUCAUUACAAACAAAUGUUACUUAUAAUGAUAUGGAAAGUUGCUCUAAAUGUUUCAGUUAUAUACCCUAUGUAGAUUUACGAUAUAAAACUGUAGAAAAAAUAAAAGGUCCUUGUUUGUUUCUAUAUUACUGGAUAUAUAAACAUUUAAAAAAGCAAUCAAAAGAAGACAAAACUAAGCAGUUAUAUGAUAUAACAAUCGAGAAAGCUCUAAAAACGGAUGGACCUUUGUGGGAUACUUGCAAAAAAUAUAACCUCAACAAUGAUUAUAUGAAAAAUUUGGAUAUUACGUAUUGUUUAUAUAAAUUAGUUAAUAAUAAAGAAGAUUUAGAUUUAACCUGCGAGGAACCACAAUUUUAUGAAUCAUUAAAGAAUAUAACUAAAAUAUGUGAUCAAGAUGUUCGAACUGAAUCACUUAAUAAUAUUGAAUGUGAUAAAAAUGCCAUUUGUCAAAAUAAUAUUUCCUUUUUUAUUGUAAUUACAGUUGUUACAAUGUUAAUUAUAUUCACUUUAUUUGUAAUAUUGUAUAAGUUCCUCCCAUAUAAUUCAUGGAUACAUCGAAGAAUAAAAGAAAAAAUAAAUAAAUGGAAAAAUAUGGAUGAAGAAUUCAAUAUGUUUCAAUCCUCUGAAUCAUAUAAUAGCAUUUCUAGUGAUAAAAUAUAUAAUGUACUGUAUCAAUAUGACUAA